AUGCAGAUGAUCGAGACUCAGAUUUUCUCCGCGCUUUCGGAAACACCGUUGCCCAGGAAGCUGGACUUGCCCGAAUGGUUUCUGCCCGAUACAGAGGUCACGUAUGAGCCAAAACCCUGUAGCCGUGCAUCGUUUGGAUCGUUGCACCUCGGAGCCUGCAACGGUACCGACGUGGUCGUCAUGUGUCUGAAUGACGGUACUGGAGAAAGUCUGCAAACAAAUGAAAGGUUUCAGCGAUACACUACUCGAUGGCACGGACUUGACCAUCUACACGUCGCCAAGAUGUUAGGUGUUUCGCACCUGAGCUCCCCGCCGUUAGUUAUCUACGAGGAGGUGAAGUACAACGUGGCUGGAUAUCUCGCGGACUCGACUAACGCUGGAAGUAUGUGGCGAUUGCUGUACGAAACGGCACUUGGUCUCCGGUAUGCUCACAACAAGAAGGUUUUGCACGGGAAUCUCAAGCUGACCACUAUCCGAGUCGAUUCCGAAGGCCACGCAAAGAUUUGCGGGCCUUCCCGUCUGAAAUCAGGAGCAGUACGAUGGCAAGCGCCGGAGUGUUUGACAGGAAGGCGCACUUUCGCGUCCGUUAUUUACUCACUCGCGAUGUGCAUCAUCGAGGCUCUGAGCGGUGAACCGCCGUUUGGGCAGCUGGAUGAUGAUACUCUUUACGCAACUCACGAGAGCGUAUAUUCCUCUCUAAAGCUCCACUACGACGAUUGA